AUGGCGUCUGUAACGUCGUUGGACCAGGACAUGAAGAAGCUGCGGAUGGACCGGUAUACCCCCAAAGCCGCAAAUGAAGUUCGCAGCUGGAUUGAAGAUGUUCUCGGCGAGCGACUGCCGCCCGGUGACCUCUUGGAUGCGCUCAAAGACGGGACCGUAUUAUGCAGACUUGUAAACAUGGCAAUUCCCACGCCCGUUCGGUUCAAAAAGUCGGCAAUGCCGUUUAUUCAGAUGGAGAAUAUUUCCCACUUCCUCCGCGCGUGCGAGCAACCGCCUCUAAACAUGCCCGCCCACGAUCGCUUCCUCACCGUCGAUCUCUACGAAGCAAAAGAUCCCGCCCAGGUGCUGCAGUGCUUAGGCGCUUUUAGCCGAGUCGCCAAUGCAAAGAACCCGUCAAACUUUCCUACAACAAUUGGGCCAAAAAGGGGACCUGGGCCCCUAAGUCCUUCAGUGACUGGCGGUGGAGGCUAUACCAGCACUCCUAUGGCAUCGCCGGGUUUUGGGCGAAGCCGGGGUCCAAGCACAGCCAGCAACACAAGUGGUUCGAGCACAUUCAACCCGCUGGCACGGCCACCUGCAGAACGGACGCUUAGCGCCGCACGCACUGGAGGCUCGGAUACGUCGUACACAUCCAAUGGGCUGCCCAAGUCACCACCGGGCGGAGUGAGCAGCUGGAGCAAAAAGGUCGACGAGGGUAGUACCGCACCAGCAUGGAAUAUUCACCAGUAUGGCUACAUGGGCGGCGCCAGUCAAGGCAACCAGGGCAUUGCAUUUGGCGCACGUCGCCAGAUUACGAGUGCAGGGCCACACGUACCGAACCUUGCAGAGAAGGAGCGCUUGCGCAGGGAAAAGGCGGCUGAAGAAGAGCGACUACGUUUGCAGGCAGAGGAGGCUGAGCACAAGCGUCGCAUUGAACGCGAAGCCGAAGAAGAGCGCAUCCGCAUAGAGGAGGAGCAAAAGUGGGAAGAGGAGUCGCGCAAACAGCAAGAGGCGAAACAGGCCCGACUCGACCAGCAAAAGCGUCAGUGGGAAGAGCAAGAGCGGAGGUGGAAGAUUGAAGAGGAAGCGCGGCUGCGUGAAGAGCGGGAGGCGCAAGCUCAGCUCGAGGCUGAGACCCGACGAAAGCGUGCUGGCAGUGAUGCCAGGCUCAAGGGACAGUACCUGAGCCAGUAUCAAGCUGAGCAAGCCAACAAGCCGCGUAGUCGCCGUGGAAGCUUCGAUGAGCCCAACGCCGAGCGCGACCGCAUACGUGAGCUAGAGCAACAGCUUGAAGAGGCCAAGGAGCGCGAGCGUCAGUACCAGGCUGAGCGUGAGGGACGACUACAAGAGAAAAAGGUGCGUUCUCGCUCAAAGAGUCGCACACGUGAACGAUCCAAGAGCCGAGCUCGACCAGCGCCUCCACCCCGCGCCCCAUCACCGCAAGACAGCAACGUCUCAUGGGCACAGGAAGAUGACCGUGCCUAUCUUCGUAAACAGUGGGAUCAGACACAAAGACAACCCGCGCGACCACUGCCCGAGCCAACGCCGCCGUCUCUCCCUACCCGACCACUACCAGAGCCGGCAACACGACCUCUCCCUGACCCUGCCAUAUACGCAAAGCAGAGCCGAACAGACCGCUACCUCGCCUCGAACCCGGCCCCAGCGCCCCCAAAGCCCCAAACCUACAUCCCGCCAGAGCUCACAUCUACCUCUGAGCAGCGCGGCGAAGAUGCCCGUCGAGCCGCAUCACAAGCAAAGACCAAGGCUGCUGGUUGGGCCUCCAAGUCUCUCCUCGAACGCGAAAUGGAGCGCGAGCGGGAACGCCAAAAGGAGUGGGAGGAGUCGCAGCGCGCCCUCCAAGAAGCGUCCAAGGACCCCAACGCAGGAACUGGCUCAGGACAGAGCUGGGACGUCAACCAGUACGGGUACAUGGGCGGUGACAACCAGAACAAGUUGGGUGGCAUUGGCGGUGGAAAGAGGCAAAUCAUCGGCCCCAGGCCUUUCGGUCCUCGCUAA